AUGACCGUCGCACCCAACUUGCGGCGUCCCCCUACUGAGCUUCGUACCUACACCUUGGGACACCGACAAUUCCCCUUCCGUGCGAUAUACGCAGAUUACGUCGUAUACGAGCAGCUAUGUCACAACUUUAUGAACCGGCCCCGAGCAAGGGCUGCUUUUCUGCAUGGGGGACUCAUAUGGCGGUUGGCUUUGCACAGCCUCGGUUUCAACCAUCUCCCAUCUGUCCUUGAUGGUAUCUCGCCCGAAGCUGUUCCAUUUGGUCUCCUAUUGUGCAGCAAUGAUCAGACUUACUAUGAUGAUGGGUUGUCGGAAGAAGAAAUCGAUUUUAUGUGCGGGACAUACUACGGCACGGAUGUAGUAGUAUCAUCCUGGUGGCCUCGGCCGCAUGCUUGGAAUGCAUCGGGCUUGAACAUCGGUUUUUGGUCUGCUUGUUGCGAAGAUUGGUUCCAAACCCAUCUUGCCAAUAUCAGAGAAGGAGUUUCUUGCAAGCAACUUUUGUGCACCGAUGACGCCAAUGGCCCAAUGACCUCCAUGCAGUGGAAGUGCUCCCUCAAAUUUAACCCUGGCACAACCAAGAUGAUGCAAAAUGUUUCGGUGGCGUGUUAUGAUUUCAUGACUAGAGCACCUGGUAAGAGUUAUUAA